AUGACUUCUGAAGAGGUUAAAACAUCUACAAGGGCUUGGAAGAGACCUCCAAAAAUUAUUAUACCAGAGUCUCCAGUUUGUGAUUUUAGUGAUGUGGGUGAGGUUUUAGAUAAUAAGGAUUUUGAGGUUCAAGGUAGAGAUUACUUUCUAGCAAGUAGAAGAGGAAGAAGACCGGUCAUGGAAGAUGGAUUUAGUGUUAUAAUUGAUAUUUUGGGAGACCCUAAGCAGGCAUUUUUUUGUAUCUUUGAUGGCCAUGGAGGCCGUGCAGCUGUGGACUAUGUUACUGAAAAUUUAGGGAAUAAUAUUGUAGUAGCUAUUGGGGAAGUUGGCAAAGCAGAAGAUCAGGUAGAACAAGCUAUUAGGAAAGGCUAUUUGACUACAGAUAAAGAUUUUCUCUCUAAGGGUCUUUCCAGUGGAACAUGUGUAGCUACUGUGCUCUUGAAGGAUGGAGAAUUAUAUGUAGCAAAUGCUGGUGAUUGUAGAGUAGUUCUGUGUAGGAAGGGAAUAGGGGAAGCAUUAACAAGUGACCACCGUGUUAGUAGAGAAGAUGAGCACUCUCGAAUUGAGAACUUGGGAGGUUAUGUGAGUUAUCACAAUGGAGUCUGGAGAGCUCAAGCUACCUUGGCAGUAUCUAGAGCAAUAGGGGACCAGAGUUUGAAGGAAUGGAUAAUAUCUGAACCAGAGAUUAAGAAGCUUCAUUUAACAUCAGAUUGUGAAUUUUUGAUAGUGGCUUCAGAUGGAUUAUGGGAUAAGGUAAAUAAUCAGGAGGCAGUUGAUGUUGUCUUAAGGCACAAGAUCACCUUAGAAUCUUGCAAAAAAUUGGUAGAUAUAUCUUCUCGCCGGGGCAACAAGGACGACGCGACGGUAAUGGUGAUCAAUCUUCAAAAUUUUGUGAGGAUAAGGUGAACCACCAUGAUCAGAUGGAUAGCCAUGGUUAAUCUCUUCUGAUGAGAAGAAGGAAUAACAUAUAUAGAAACUAUGAAAG